AGAGAGUUGAAGUCCAGAGAAAGACAGAGACAGACAGACAGAAGCCCAUUUUGAGAGGUCUCUUGUCGGCAAGAACACACCAUUGUGGUUGUGAAGUUGGAGUCCAUCCCUUUUUAGUCUUCUUUGAAGAUUAUUACAAUGGGAUUGUUGCUGACCCCUUUGUAGCAAUUGAGAUUACAUACAACAGACAAUUUGUUUAGAAUCCAAUUAUAGAAUCCAUAGGAUAGAGUUUAUAAAGGCCUGACUUUCCUGUCAGGAAAGUUCAAAUCUUCCUCUGAAACAUCCUGGCUGCAUGAUCACGGAAAAAAAAAAAAAAAAUCACUUAAUCUCUCAAUUCCCCAAAUCAUCCUUUAGGGCUUGAAGUUUUGAAAGUUGCCUUUUUGGCUCAAAAAAGCAGCAUUUACCUUCACUAGAUAUCUAUUUUUUGAAAUUUGGUAGACUUUUUUCUCUCGUGUCAUAUCAUUUCAUAAGAGAUUUUUCUUUUUGUGAAUGACAUUGAUUUAUCCAAAGCCUAUAAGUCACAUUGUAGUUCUUCCAGGCAAAACCAUGUUUGUAGAAUGUUUGCCAUCUAAACCACUACAUAUUUAUGGAGUCUGAAUAAUAAAUGUACCUUCUUUUGGUGUACUAUCCAGUCCUAUAAAUAAACAUGUUUCAAUUUUUUUUUAUAUAAUGGUGAUGUUUGGGAAUAGACCUGACAUUUGUCUUGUGGCCUCUUGUAUCAAGAUCUUUCUUUUUGUCAAUUCUUUUUGUCUCAGAAAUACAACUUGGCCCCUAUGGUUGUUCUCAAUCAAUACAACAAUGAGCUUUUUUAGGUUGGCGUUGGACUGUAUUUUAUAAAAUCCUUCAGGUCAUUCAAACAAUUUAAUGUGUUCCUAAGGUAAUUGUUUUGCACACUGCCUGGCACAUAAGCUCCUGAUAAAUAGUUGUUGAUUAAUUGAUUGGCUAAAUAUAUAUACUACUAUGUUUUGGUUUCUAAAUGGCUUAUCCCAAAUCCUCCUCAAGGAGUUUACUUUUUGUGUGUGUGUGUGGGGGGGGAUACAUAUAAAUGUAGCGAACAUUUCUAAGUAUAAUACAAGAUAAAGAAUGAGCCAGGCAGAUCGUUUCUAGAUUAAAUGCUUUGGAAUAAUUUCUGAGCUUGAGAGAGAACUCAUUCAGUUGGACAAAGUGACUGUAGAUCAAGGACACUUUUUCUGGAAAAAAAAAGGAAUCUGGUCAGCUAAGGUUUCCUGAGGAUUGGAGGGGGAGUGAGCAUAGGGUGGGUUGAGACUAAAGACUCAAUGUGUUUGUGAAGCUUAGUCCCAUCCUUUUCAGUGGUCUUUGAAAAUUUGUGGCAAAGGUACCGCAGGUAAUAAAUGGUAGGUUUUGGAUACAACAAGUGGCUUAUUUGUCCAAGUCUUAAAGUUGAGCUUUGAAGGACCAGAAAGGUCAGGAGAAGGCAAUGUGUUCUGGGUCUGAUGGAUCUUCUAGCUAAAACAAAACACGAUGAUGAAACAGAAAAAAAGCCAUUAUUUUCAUCAAUAAUCCCCUUCUUUAGAGACCUGUCAUUUCACAGCUUUGGUCCUUCUCUCCACAAAUAAAAUGUAAUUUAGUGGAUGGAUUUGAAUAUGGCUGUGAUGGAAAAAAUUGGAACUUAUUCUGAUCAGCCUGGUAAAAAUCAGAAACAGAUUGCAAACAUUUCUCUUCAUCUCUACAUUCAUUCUUUUAUAGCCAUUUUUCUGAGCAUUGGUACCUUUUCCUGCCUUUUUCUAGUCUCAUACCCUAUCUUGUAUCAUACCUAGGUGGUGUUCCCAAUCCCCCAUUAGUAUCCUCAGGGUUUGUAAAUACCAAGAGUGUUUCUUGUUUCAUUCUUAUAUGAGCCCAGGGUAUUGUGUGGCAUGGCAUAUGUCUGAUAAAUGUCUGCUGGGAGAAAUGUAGACAAAGGAGCUAACUAGAGACAUUCAGUGUCGCUUGUUGUAGGUCAGAGUGAUCUACUAAGUUUCAAUUCUAACUAAAUUUUCUUCAUUUUGUUGGCAAAGUUCCAAAGUAGCCAAGCUGAGGUUCGACAGAAGGAAAGCAGCUUCCUAGCAGUUGGAGUUAUUCCCAAAGGGAAUGGGCUGACAUGAAGAAAACAGCCCAACACUGUCCGCUGUCCCAGAAUAUAAUAGACCAUUUUGGGGAGGGAACGAGUUCCUUCCUCUAAGGUUGGAGGAGCCCUCAUCAGGGCUUAGCUUAGUGCGUGGCACACAAAAGGCGCUAAAUGAAUGCUGAUCGACUCGAUUAAAGGGGAUCUUGUGGAGAUCUAGGGUGGGAUCAGAGGCUUUUGGAAGUGUUUUUUAGCUCUAAGAUUCUGUGAUGAUUUAGCUCCAAAGACAUAUAUCCCUUCCCAGACAGUGGAUUUCCAGAGAGCAGUUGGCCAUUUACCUGUUGUAAUAAGAGCGACAGAUUUGCCACGAGCGAGCCUGUGCCGCCGAGUUCAGAGUCGGCGGGCGGCGGCGGGCGGCCUCCAGCCCCUUCCCCACGAAGCGUCCCUCCGGAGUCCCUCCCGUCGUCCAAAUGGGCUCUCUUGUUGAAUAUUUGAUGCUCCUGUGAUGGAAUCGCUUUCUCCCUUGAGGAGGAUGACUUAGGUUUUGCCAGACAUACUGACAACGCUGCAGUUCUCCUUUCCCCCACAUGACCUCAGCUUUUGCUCGAAAAACUGCUGGCAUAAAGGGUGCUUUUGUGACUCUGGCCCGCCUGUGAUAUAUUGACAAAGUGUCUGCGGGCUGAAUGGAAUAGUUUUCCAGGAGAGCCGAGAGCUGCGGGGAGGGCGGCUGGACGUCUUAGCGAGCCUUUGGAAGGAAGUGAAUUGGCUGGGUCGGGAGAAUGUACCAUUCGUAAACACCCCCUUUCCUCUCGGAUUCACGUGUCAGGCCAGCAGGCUGGCUCCCGGAGCCUGCCCAGAGCAGGGCAGAGCAGAGCAGAGCAGAGCAGAGCAGAGCGGCGGAGGGAAGGCGUCUGCGAAGGGAGCUGUGCGGGCUGAGAGCUUGCCUCCGUGCGUGCCGGGAUUCCCGGUGGCUGGCGUGCUUCUGGGGGAGCUCUUUUGGAAACUAACAUGGUUUAAUCCACUAACUGCAUGUUGGGUAAAUUCAAAGCCCACAUGCUCGUCCUCUUGCCGUGGAAUAUGUCCCAUCUGAUGGACAUUUUCUGUGCUCGAGCAUAGUAAUGAACGUCUGACAGGCGCGACCUUUCAUAAGACAGCCCACACUAUUGGCUUUCUGCCCAGAAUAUUGCUGCAAGCCCAUCUGUGAUUGGUUCUCCCCCUAUCAUGCAUUGCUUCGCGAAGGGAAGCGACCCCUUUUUUAAUAAAUCUACGAUGGCUGGCCGCACUGGGCUGCACCGUUGGUACUAAGAAGUGCCUUUUCCUGACGUCUCUCCUGCUUGGACCGCUUCUAGAGCAGCCUCUGCUUUUGCCUUGCUUGCUGCCAGCUAGACUGAGAGGACAGCACAUCUACCCUCCACCCUCCGCCUCUAGCCCAGACACCCCCAUUUCUACUUGUAAUCAAGAGAAAGCCUCUAAGUAUCUGGCAUUGCCUUAGGCUGCUUUAGUAGAAAGAGAGAGAUUGAGAGAGAGAGAGAGAGAGAGAAAGAGAGAGAGAGAGAGAGAGAGAAAGUGAGAAAGAGAGAGAGAGAUUGAGAAAAGUUUGCUGGGGAAAAAAAAAAAGUGAGAUAUCUUCUGCCAGAAAAAUCAAGGAGGAAAAACAAACAAACAAACAAAAAUAAUUUCUCGAUUGUUGCUCUAAAGCUGCUGCAUCUGUCUAUGCCAAACUAAUCAAUACCAAUUGCACCACAGAACCCAAUUGCAAAUUCAGCUGUGAGGAGAUUACCUUUCAGACAAUUUGCUGAAAGCAGCUUGGAAAUUCUGUGUCGAAGGGUCUGCCACGUUUUCAUGCUUGUGUUUGGGGCUCCAAAUUGGCACUGAGAAUGGGGUAUUGAGAGCACAAAGCUAGUUCCAGGCCCCACUCUGAAACAGUGAGAUACUCGUGAUCCUAACAUUUCUCUUAAGUCCCAAACCUCUUUCGAUGAACAGUUUCAUGCUGUGAAUUUCUAGUGGGAUCUCUUUUCCUUGAUAUUGACAAUACGAUUUUCCAUGUACCUUUAAAGAACAGGGAUUUGGGGACAGAGCAUUUCAAGAGGUGACAUUUUCAUCAUUUCCAGUCUUAACAGUUUGGCUUUUUUUGGGGGGGUGCCUCUGGGGGGGCUCGGUUUGGUUUUGUUCGUUUGUUUCACUGAAAAAGAAAUUUAACUACCUGUAAAAUCUAAACAUGGCUGUUAGUGUCACACCAAUUCGGGACACCAAAUGGCUCACAUUGGAAGUAUGUAGAGAGUUCCAAAGGGGCACUUGUUCACGAGCAGACACGGAAUGUAAAUUUGCACAUCCAUCGAAAAGCUGCCAAGUUGAAAAUGGACGAGUAAUCGCCUGCUUUGAUUCAUUGAAAGGUCGCUGUUCAAGAGAGAACUGCAAAUAUCUUCACCCACCUCCCCACUUAAAAACACAGUUGGAAAUAAAUGGACGCAACAACCUGAUUCAGCAGAAGAACAUGGCCAUGCUGGCCCAACAGAUGCAACUUGCUAAUGCCAUGAUCCCUGGCGCCCCGCUACAACCUGUGCCAAUGUUUUCUGUUGCCCCAAGCCUAGCCACUAAUGCAUCAGCCGCCUUCAAUCCCUACCUGGGACCUGUUUCCCCAGGCUUGGUCCCGGCAGACAUCUUGCCAACCGCACCGAUGCUGGUUACGGGGAAUCCUGGCGUCCCAGUACCUGCUGCAGCAGCUGCUGCUGCACAGAAAUUAAUGAGGACAGAUAGACUGGAGGUAUGUCGAGAGUAUCAACGGGGUAAUUGUAACCGAGGAGAAAAUGACUGCCGAUUUGCCCAUCCUGCUGACAGUGCUAUGAUCGAUACCAAUGACAACACUGUCACUGUGUGUAUGGAUUACAUUAAAGGGAGAUGCUCUCGGGAAAAGUGCAAAUAUUUCCACCCUCCUGCCCAUCUACAAGCCAAGAUCAAGGCUGCCCAAUACCAGGUCAACCAAGCUGCGGCUGCCCAGGCUGCAGCCACCGCAGCUGCUAUGACUCAGUCGGCUGUCAAAUCACUGAAGCGACCCCUCGAGGCAACCUUUGACCUGGGAAUCCCUCAAGCUGUUCUUCCCCCAUUACCAAAGAGGCCUGCUCUUGAAAAAACCAAUGGUGCCACGGCGGUCUUUAACACUGGUAUUUUCCAAUACCAGCAGGCUCUUGCCAACAUGCAGUUACAACAGCAUACAGCCUUUCUCCCACCAGGCUCAAUCUUGUGCAUGACACCCGCUACAAGUGUUGUUCCCAUGGUGCACGGUGCUACGCCAGCCACUGUGUCCGCUGCAACAACAUCCGCCACAAGUGUUCCCUUCGCUGCAACAGCCACAGCCAACCAGAUACCCAUAAUAUCUGCCGAACAUCUGACUAGCCACAAGUAUGUUACCCAGAUGUAGAAAUUUCAUCACCAAACAAUCAUCCUAAAGAGAAGAGGACAGUGUGCUUGUUUAGAAUAAAGGACAAGGUCGCUAGCCAUAAUGUAUAUACCGUCAAGCAACACACCCAGCCAAACCCUCAGCCGUAAAGCAUCCACCUAUUGCAUGUUAUCGAGACGAAAAGACAACAUGGAAACCCACUGCACACUGUUGCCUAGAUAUUUUGUAUAUUGAAUUGAUAUUUGUGCUGAGGUGAUCUUCCUGUCUAAAAGAACAACCUUGUCUCUCUUUUCUAGCACAGAGAGAUGCAUAUGGAUUUUGGUAUGCAUCCACCUAGUUAAUUUCCUACAUACUCAUGCCAUCUUGAAAAGACAGACUAUGGUGUAACCAUGAUUCUCUCAUGUAUUGGUACGUCUGUAGACCAAGAUAUAAUUUUUUUUUAAAAAAAAUAAGUUUAUUUCUUUCAAGGUUUACAAAUAACAAAGGUGCACCUUGUAUUUAAAAUUGCCAUUAUAGACAAAAGUGUGCAUGCACAGUCAUUUUUGUUGAAGAGUAAUAUUUUUAAUGUUAUAGAUUGUAAGAGGUGGUGAGGGAGGGAUCUGACAGAGAUGAAUGUGCCAAGCAAAACCAUAGCUGUGUAUAUUUUAAAGCACAUCAUGGCUUUAAGAACCAUGUUGUUGAAGAUACUCAUGAAGUGCCAUAGACUGUACAUCAAAGUAGAGUAUUAUUUCUUCAGUGUUAUUAUUUUCAGAGCCACGUUUCGUUGCUUACUCGCUAAUACCGAUCAGUCAAAGGGCACCAUUCUUUUUUCGAAACCAAAGCUGUCUCAGAAAUGGCCCAUUUAACCUUACAGUAACCAUAGGCAGCACAAGACAAAUUCUCAAAUAAACACAGAAAAUUCACACAUACUGGAGAUAUAGAAAGAGAUAGAUAUAUAUAGAUUAUAUAUAUAAUUAUUUUAAUGCAUUGUAGUGUAAUAUUUAUGCAUAUUAUACUGUAUAACAUUAUACUCAAAAAGAAAAAAAAAGGGAAAUGCCAUUUCUGAGACACGAUAACAAGAAAACAAUGUUUGAGGAACUUGUUUUGCUUCUAUUUAUAGCCUGUCAAAAGUCAAAAGACUAUAAAUGCUUUGCAAAAAUAGUUUCACUUUGUUUCUAUUCUUCAUUACAGUCACAUUCAAAAUGGUGACUCUAAACAAAGGAAGGCAGAAGCACUGUCAUUGGAUGCAUGUUAAACCAAAAUAUGAAUAUGGUAAAGGUU